UUUUUUUUUUUACGCUAGAUAUCUCAUCCAAUCAAAUGAUUUCGCUUCAACAAGUUAUUCAGCACUCUAGAUUACUUCAAACCCUAAAAUUAUCCUCCAAUAUGCUGCGUAAUCUUUUUUUUUCUUUUUUUUUAAGGUUUUCUAUAUAAACUUAUGAUUAACUUGUAUUAUUAUUAUUUUAGACAAUGAGGAUCUUAAAAUAUUAUUAGAACAAGCUAACUACGAAACAUUGGGCGAGCUUCUUCUUAGUAAUAAUCUAUUGACAUCUCAGUGCAUUGAUUUGCUUCGACUCUUUAGGCUCCGCUCUAUUGAUCUUUCACAUAAUCCUAUUGGACCAACGUUCCUUAAACAAUUGCCAGAGCUAUUAAUGGGUAUACCAUCACUUAAAUACAUUAAUCUAGAAAAUACAGAAAUUGGAAAGUAUACAUGUAUUGAAGAAGAAACAAAGCAAGCCUAUGACCAAUUCCAAUCACACAAAAUGUCAGCGGCUAAUUUAUUCAUCAAUUUAAGUAAUAACCAUUUUGAAAAUGAUAUGUUAAUACAAUGGACAUGGCUGUGGAAAAAACUUAAACGUCUCUCAAAGCUUGAGAUAGCAAGUGUAACAAGUGAUUUUGGAUGGGAAAAUUUUGAAGCCUUAUCAGAUUUACCAACGUUAUCAGAUUUAAGCUUUAAAUAUUCUAUUCGAGAAACGCUUAAUAAUUGUCGACUUUAUGAAUUUUUCAAACUAAAACCACGCUUGAAUCAAUUAGAUUUAACAGCAUGUGGACUUGCAUUAGAUGAUAUGGUUACUUUAAGCUACAGUCUUGAAUUUGUUUCAAAAAUGAGAAGACUAACCUUAAAUUCAAACCCAAAAAUUGGCGAUCAAGGUGUAAAAUUAUUGAACAAUGUGAUUGAAAAAAGAAAAAUUGACAUACUGGAUAUAUCGGAUUGUCAACUUGUUCAUUUAUCAAUUUAUCUAAAAUGGACAGGUUAUCUUAAACAAAUAAAUAUGACAAAGAAUCCUAAAUUAUCAUUUGCAACAAGAGAAGAAGAAAUGGCCAUUGAAAACCAACUGUGUAAUAGUCAUUUAGACACGCUUAUGGCCAUGAUUAAACUAGACAAUCACUUGAAGUUAAAUUUAAGCUCAAAAAUACAAUCAAUGAUUAGUUUAUCUUAUCAGCCUUCUUUGGGACAUUUAGCAGUAAAUUCACCAUUUGAUGAUGACGAUGAAUAAAAUAAACUCUUUUAACCUUU